AUGGAUUUCAAAACAGAGUCCAAAGCCGCCUCUGACCACAUCGAUGUUCUCAAGGAGGUACCGGUGGAAGCGAUGGAAGAAAUUAGCGAGGAAUACCGAGCCAUCGAGAAGCGACUGGUCCGGAAGCUCGACUACACCCUCGUUCCCAUGCUCUGGGUUCUAUAUUUAUUCAACUACUUGGACCGGAACAAUAUCGCCCAAGCUCGACUCAACUCGUUUGAAGAUGACCUUAAUCUAAAGGGCAACCAGUUCAACAUCGCAGUUUCCGUUCUGAAUGUUGGUUACAUGUUGAUGCAACUCCCGUCCAACAUGCUCCUUACCCGCACCCGGCCCUCGCUGUAUAUACCUGUAUGGGCUGCUCUCUGGUCCAUCAUAUCCGCCUCCACUGCCGCAACACACAGUUUUCGUCAGUUGAUCGCCGUUCGCUUCCUUCUUGGGGUAGCGGAGGCGCCAUUCUUUCCUGGGGCGAUGUAUCUCCUUUCUUGCUACUACACUCGGAAGGAAUUGGCCGUCCGCACUGCAUUGCUCUAUUCAGGCGUGAUUCUGGCGACAGCGUUCUCAGGGCUUUUGGCGGCUGGCAUAUUCUCUGGCCUCGACGGCGUUCACAGUAUGGCCGGGUGGCAGUGGCUCUUCAUUCUCGAAGGCUCUGGCAGCUUCUUGGUAUCUCUGGUCGCCAUGUUCAUUUUGCCCGAUUUUCCAGGCGCCAACACUGGCUCGGCGAAGUGGCUAUUGACGGAGGAGGAACGACGAAUCUCUGUCAACCGUAUCAGCCGCGAUCGUGUCUCAGAGAAGACGAUUGACGGGUCAGUUUGGAGCGGUCUUGCCGCUGCCGUCAAGGACAUCAAAACCUGGAUUUUCGUGAUUAUGCUUACCGGAAACCACAGCGCCUAUGGCUUCAACAACUUCUUUCCCACGAUCGUCAAAGGAUUUGACCUAGGCAAUAAUACCAUCACCCUAAUCUUGACCGCGCCACCAUACCUUCUAGCCUCAGUGGUCGCCUUCGCCGUCGCGCUGAGCAGCGACCGCCGCAAAGAGCGUGGGUGGCAUAUGUCAGCUCCAAUGGUCUUCUCGUGUAUCGGGUUCAUCAUCUCUGUCGCCACCCUGAACAAGGCGGCGCGAUACACAGCCGCUUUCCUGUACAUCUGCGGCUGUUUUUCGUCCAACGCUCUAGUCUUCAGCUGGGCGGCAAACACGCUAUCACAGUCGCCCGAGAAGCGCGCAUGUGCCACUGCCAUUAUAAAUCUCCUCAGCCAGCUCGGCAACAUCUGGUCACCGUACUUCUUUCCUAAGUCUGACGGGCCACGGUACGUCAUGGCUAUGCUGCUGAUGAUGGCGUCGACGGUCAUCAGUAUGCUUUCGGCCAUGUUGAUGAAGUUCUUGCUCGUGCGCGCCAAUAGGAAGCUGAAGGCCGAUGGUGCCGAGCAACUAUUUACUCUAUGA